AUGUCUAUUCCACCUGACACUAUUCAUUUCAAUCAAUCAUACCUCAAUUAUCAUUAUGAAUGGAAUGGAUUCCCGACUAUUCUCGCAUUUGUUCCCUGGAUUUAUAUGCUUCCAACUCUCGUUGUCACCUUCAAAAUCACUGCAAUCUACUUCUCAACGGACUGGGAUACUGUAGAACCGGGGAAGAAUCAACACGUGUUUUUAGUGAUUUCUCUCGUCCAAAUAUCAUGUUUCCUAUUCUUUUUAUUCAAUUAUCUUCUCGUACGACUCCCAGCAACAGGAUUAUUCACUUCUUAUUGUGCUGGAAUUUCACCAAAUUCAUGGCUUUUAGUAAUAUCUUUCCUAGCAUCGUACACUAAUUAUCUGGCAAUGGUUUAUCCAUUUUUUAUGCCGGUGGUUAGGUUGAUGAUUCUGAUGCAUCCGAAGAAUCACAAUAGGAUCAACUCAAUAAUGAUGAUGAUAACUGUCCCGUUCGGCCUGAUUUAUCCGAUUUGUUUCACAUUUUUCCUGUUUCCAGCCAUUGGUACCUGCAAACAAUUAGAAUAUCCAUAUCCAUUCGGAUCCAUUUGGAUUUAUUAUAGCGGGCCAGCGUUUGGGCUCCGGAACACUCCAUUCUUCCUUGCCAACUUAUCAUUUUGGUUGGGGUGUUCUAUCAUUGCCAAUAUUCUUCUAUUCAUAAAAAUUGCUCACGCAAGAGAGCAAUUAUUCACUCAACAAACUAGUGGAAUAUCAUAUAAAGCUCAAGUUUCAAUCACUUAUACUACAAUUGCAAUGAUUGUGUUUUAUGUGACGAAUGGGUUAACUUUGCUUUCCUACUACCUAUUUUAUGGUUCUCAUUCUAUAAUGGCGUACACAAUGUUGGCUCGACCGUUCGGAAAUGAUGCACAAGCUUGUUUAGUCUCAUGGAUUUUCUAUAGAACUCAUCCAGUUUUCAAAAAAAAUAAUGAUACGGGAUUAAUGUUUGAGAGGAGAGUAGCCACCGCAUAG